AUGUUCUAUUACAACCUUCCCAUGCAGUUGAGAUGGAAGUAAAUUCCCAUGUCGCACGGAUUAUCUUCUCUACGAGGCCACAGGCUCAAAGUUAGGUUUGUAAUUGCUACCUUGAUUUGGAGACUGAAAUGGAGCCACUCAAACUAAAGCCAGUAUUCUCUCUUUCCUUACCCUUGUUCUCUUUAUUUUCUGAUCUGAUUACAACAUUUACCUCCAUUGUAGCCAUGCCCACAGGCCACCUCUCAUCAUCCACCACCAUCAUUUUAAUAUAAGCCCUCCGAAACCCAUCAAGAUGAUCAUCCACCAUUUUCAUAAAAUUUGGCAUUGGUUGAAAAACCCUUCAUUUUCAGGCUCUUAAUUCACAGCCAAAUUCAUUUGAGAAAAUGACAAACGACCGUAACCCAAAUGAUAAACGGCCUUAACCAAAUCCCAAUCCCAAUGUGAUCAGUGUUAUUACAGUAUUAUUUAUUGAUAAAUACCCUCAGUUGAAAAGAUAUCCUUCAAGGCUAAUGCGCCAUGGCUACGGUGACCUUCCCCCCUUCGUCUCUCUCAACCCCACCGAAACCCCACUUUCCUAAACCCUCCAAAACCCUAAUUCACCUUCCUUCUCCGAAGUUUUCUUUCUCAAAGCCAGCAUUCAACCUCAAAACCCUAAACCCCAUUCUCUCGCAAUCCCCAGCUCCACUCCGGCUUUCCAACACGACUUCUGAUCUCAUCGCCUACGACAAUUCGGUGCCGGUGCCGGUGCCGGUGCCUUCUCGAUCCCUGAAGUCUCGUCUCCACGAUGGCGAAACCCUUUAUGGCCUCUUCCUCCUCAGCUUCUCUCCCACUCUCGCUGAGAUCGCCGGCCUCGCUGGCUACGACUUCGUCGUCGUUGAUAUGGAGCACGGCCACGGAGGCGUCUCCGACGCCCUACCCUGCCUCCACGCCCUCGCCGCUACUCGGACUCCGGCAAUCAUUCGGCUCCCAGAGAGUUGUCCAACGUGGGCGAAAAAGGCCCUCGAUCUGGGUCCACAAGGGAUCAUGUUUCCGAUGAUCGACAGCCCUAAAUUGGCGAGGAAAGCCGUCUCGUACUGCCGGUUUCCACCGGCGGGGGUUCGUGGGUCGGCGCACACUGUCGUGAGGGCGUCGAGCUACGGCAUCGACGCUGGGUAUCUGAGCAAUUACGAGGAGGAGUUGUUGAUCAUGUGCCAGGUCGAGUCUGAAGAGGCUGUGAAGAAGAUCGAAGACAUCGCCGCCGUCGAUGGGGUCGACUGCAUCCAAAUGGGGCCCAUGGAUCUGAGCGCGAGUAUGGGAUAUUUGUGGGAUCCAGGGAACAAGAAGGUGAGAGAGAUGAUGAAGGUUGCAGAGAAGGGCGUGUUGGGGACGAAGAAAAAACCCAGGGAAGGCGCCUACUUGGCUGGCUUCGCUAUGCCGCAUGAUUCCCCAGAUGAUCUAAGGUCGCGAGGCUAUCACAUGGUUUCUGGUGCAGUCGAUGUGGGGUUGUUCAGGAGUGCUGCGGUCGAGGAUGUGAAGAAGUUCAAGAUGGGGUUGAAGGAGGCCUCUGACGAUGAGAAAGAGAAUGCUAAAGAAGAUGAGAAGUACUGGAGCGAGUAAUGGGAGAUACAGAAAUCGAAAAAUAAGUAAUUCUCUGUAAGUUCUUGCUAUGAUAAAAGCUCUGGAAAUGGGGAAAUAGGAAUUCUGAUCGGUCAAGUUUUUUCAGUAUGUAGAUGCAGGUGUAGGUUGCUUUGUUUCCCAAAACCUGGACAAACUACCAAAUCUUUGUGUGAUGUAAUGUUUUUGCGAAAUUGAAUCUGCUUUCACCAAA